CGCGCGGGUGCGAACGGGAAACACCGCGAGGGCCGGGGCAAGCGGAGCGGUGGGGACGAAGGACAGCGACUAUGGCCGCGGCGGCGGGCGGGGGCGCGGGAGCGGCGGCAGGAGCAGUGGGGGCCGGGGGCGCGGGGGCGUCGGCCGCGGGCCUGGCUGUAUACCGGCGGAAGGACGGGGGCCCAGCGAGCAAGUUCUGGGAGAGCCCGGAGACGGUGUCGCAGCUGGACUCGGUGCGCGUCUGGCUGGGCAAGCAUUACAAGAAGUAUGUUCACGCCGAUGCUCCUACCAAUAAAACACUGGCUGGCCUGGUGGUGCAACUUCUCCAGUUCCAGGAAGAUGCCUUCGGGAAGCAUGUCACCAACCCCGCCUUCACCAAACUACCUGCAAAGUGUUUCAUGGACUUCAAAGCUGGAGGCACCUUGUGUCACAUUCUUGGGGCUGCUUACAAGUACAAAAAUGAACAGGGGUGGAGGAGAUUUGAUUUACAGAAUCCUUCCAGAAUGGAUCGUAAUGUUGAAAUGUUUAUGAACAUUGAAAAGACAUUGGUGCAGAACAAUUGUCUGACCAGACCCAGCAUCUACCUCAUUCCAGACAUUGAUCUGAAGUUGGCUAACAAACUGAAGGAUAUCAUCAAGCGGCAUCAGGGAACAUUCACAGAUGAGAAGUCGAAGGCUUCCCACCACAUAUACCCAUACCCUUCCUCACAAGAGGAUGAAGAAUGGUUGCGACCCGUGAUGAGAAAGGACAAGCAGGUGUUAGUGCACUGGGGAUUUUACCCAGACAGCUAUGAUACUUGGGUGCAUAGUAAUGACGUUGAUGCAGAAAUCGAAGACCCACCAAUUCCAGAAAAGCCGUGGAAGGUUCAUGUGAAAUGGAUCUUGGAUACUGAUGUUUUCAAUGAGUGGAUGAAUGAAGAAGAUUACGAAGUGGAUGAGAGCAGGAAGCCAGUGAGUUUCCGUCAGCGAAUUUCAACAAAGAAUGAAGAGCCAGUCAGAAGCCCAGAGCGGAGAGACCGAAAGGCCUCCGCCAAUGCCCGGAAGAGGAAGCACUCACCCUCGCCGCCACCCCCCACGCCCGCUGAGUCGCGCAAGAAAAGCGGCAAGAAGGGCCAAGCUAGUCUGUACGGGAAGCGCAGAAGUCAGAAAGAGGAAGAUGAGCAAGAAGAUCUUACCAAGGACAUGGAGGACCCAACACCAGUACCCAAUAUAGAGGAAGUGGUGCUUCCCAAAAAUGUAAACCCAAAGAAAGAUAGUGAAAAUACCCCGGUUAAAGGAGGAACUGUAGCCGAUCUAGAUGAGCAGGAUGAAGAAACCGUUACAACAGGAGGAAAGGAAGAUGAAGAUCCUAGCAAAGGGGAUCAGAGUCGGUCGGUUGACCCUGGUGAAGAUAAUGUCACCGAGCAAACCAAUCACAUUAUUAUCCCCAGCUACGCCUCGUGGUUUGAUUAUAACUGUAUUCAUGUGAUUGAACGGCGCGCACUUCCUGAAUUUUUCAAUGGAAAAAAUAAAUCCAAGACUCCAGAAAUAUACCUGGCGUAUCGAAACUUUAUGAUCGACACGUAUCGUCUGAAUCCUCAAGAAUAUCUGACCAGCACUGCCUGUCGGAGGAACUUGACUGGAGAUGUGUGUGCCGUGAUGAGGGUUCAUGCCUUCCUAGAGCAGUGGGGCCUGGUCAAUUACCAAGUUGAUCCAGAAAGUCGACCCAUGGCAAUGGGACCCCCUCCGACUCCUCACUUCAAUGUAUUAGCUGACACCCCCUCAGGGCUUGUGCCUCUGCAUCUUCGAUCACCUCAGGUCCCUGCUGCUCAGCAGAUGUUAAAUUUCCCUGAGAAGAACAAGGAAAAACCAAUAGAUUUGCAGAAUUUUGGUCUUCGUACUGACAUUUAUUCCAAGAAAACAUUAGCAAAGAGUAAAGGUGCUAGCGCUGGAAGAGAGUGGACAGAACAGGAGACCCUUCUCCUCCUGGAGGCCCUGGAGAUGUACAAGGAUGAUUGGAACAAAGUGUCUGAACAUGUAGGAAGUCGCACUCAAGAUGAGUGCAUCCUUCACUUUUUGAGGCUCCCCAUCGAGGACCCAUACCUCGAGAAUUCGGAUGCCUCCCUUGGGCCGCUGGCCUACCAACCUGUCCCUUUCAGUCAGUCGGGAAACCCAGUCAUGAGCACUGUGGCUUUCUUAGCAUCUGUGGUGGACCCUCGUGUAGCAUCUGCUGCAGCGAAAGCAGCUCUGGAAGAGUUUUCUCGAGUACGGGAGGAGGUUCCACUGGAGUUGGUUGAAGCACAUGUGAAGAAAGUUCAAGAAGCUGCACGAGCCUCCGGAAAGGUGGAUCCCACUUAUGGCCUGGAAAGCAGCUGCAUUGCAGGCACUGGGCCCGAUGAGCCGGAGAAGCUGGAAGGAGCUGAAGAGGACAAAAUGGAAACGGAUACUGACGGUCAGCAGCCGGAAAAGGCAGAGAACAAAGGAGAAAAUGAAACAGAUGAAGGUGAUAAAGCACAAGAUGGAGAAAAUGAAAAACACAAUGAGAAGGAACAAGAUGGUGAAGUUACUGAAGAUACCAAAUCAGAAGAAAAGGAGACUGAAGAGAACAAGGAACUCACUGAUGCAUGUAAAGACAGAGAAAAUGACACCGUGAAGAAGAAAGUAGAGCAUGAGAUUUCCGAAGGAAAUGUUGCCACCGCUGCGGCAGCUGCUCUUGCCUCAGCUGCCACCAAAGCCAAGCACCUGGCUGCUGUGGAAGAGAGAAAGAUCAAGUCUCUGGUAGCUCUGCUGGUUGAGACGCAAAUGAAGAAACUAGAGAUCAAACUCCGGCAUUUCGAGGAGCUUGAAACGAUCAUGGACAGAGAGAAAGAGGCUCUGGAACAGCAGAGGCAGCAGUUGCUUACUGAACGACAGAACUUCCACAUGGAGCAGCUGAAAUACGCUGAGUUACGUGCCCGCCAGCAAAUGGAACAGCAGCAGCAUGGCCAGAACCCUGCACAGGUGCAUCAGCAUGCAGGGGGCCCUGGCCUGGCCCCACUCGGAGCCGCUGGUCACCCGGGCAUGAUGCCCCAUCAGCAGCCCCCUCCCUACCCACUGAUGCACCACCAGAUGCCACCACCUCACCCGCCCCAGCCAGGUCAGAUGCCAGGCCCAGGUUCCAUGAUGCCCGGCCAGCCCAUGCCAGGCCGCAUGAUGCCUACCGUUGCAGCCAACAUCCACCCUGCGGGAAGUGGUCCUACCCCUGCUGGUAUGCCUCCGAUGGCAGGGAACAUCUUAGGACCCCGAGGGCCUCUCACAGCGCCCAAUGGCAUGUAUCCCCCUCCGCCACAGCCGCCACCGCCACCGCCGCCUGCAGAUGGGGUCACUCCCCCGCCUGCUCCAGGUCCGCCGGCCCCGGCCGCUCCUUAGCCAAGGAAGCACAAAACCUGUGUGCCCACCACCACGGCUGAAGUGAACAAGACUUGAAUUCCUGGCCCAUCUCAAGUUUCCUUCAGGAUUCUGUUUUCACAGCCUCAGCACACACCUGUGUCUCCCCACUCCUCCUGACCCCUCUCCGAACUCCAACACAGCCUGUGCUCGGUGGGACGCCCAUGGUGACAGUGUGGCAUGGCUGUCCUCCAUCCUGUGACUCCUGUCCUCCAGGUGUGGGGUGUGGCUGGCAGGUUAUGGGCAGUGUCUGUCAGCGUUAGUAUUCAGUGUCGAUGUUUGCUCUCCUGCUACUUUUUGCUUUGUCUUAUGCUUCUAUGGAUAAUCCUUUAUAAUUAUUAUCUUUUCAUAUGUUAUGAUUGUUUUAAAGGAGAGCAUCCUGAGUUAAUAGGAACCAAAAAAUGGUGAUGGCAGAAUACAGCCACAGGGGACACACCUUAAGGCAUUACAAGUGACCUUAAUUCUGCUUAUCCGAGCUGUGAGUGAUGCUGCUGGUGAAGUUUGCUGAGACCUUGGCCACACAUCAAUGCAGCAGACUGAAGAGAUGGGAAGGGGCACCCCACUGAUGAGUGUUUCCUGGGAGGCCUCUGUCCAGCCUCCAAGAUGCCCUUUGAACUGGUGGAGGAGAGCACAGACAUGAGGACAUGGCCACUCCUUCCCGGCCCCUCUGGUUCUGGUUUUCUAUGCAGAUGAUUUGUGGGGGUGGGAUGGGGAAGUUGUGUUUUGAGGGCUGGAUUUGGGGGGCAUUCCUAGGCGCUCUAGAUAAGCCAGGAAAGUUGAAGGAGAGUACAGCAAUGACCCCCUCCCCCAGUCAAUCUAGCCUGCUUUGCAUGCCUGCUUUUUUCUCCCUCUUUUAAAAAAAAAAACCUUCAAAAUAAAAUUUUUUUUAAAAAGUAGAUAGUGUUAAGCAAUUUAGCUCAUAGAACUUAACCGGUUAGGAUGUCUGAGGGUCAGGUCCCCAAACUACCUCUUGCAGUAGCCAGGGGGGGUGGCAUUCGUGAAGCGGUACUUUAGGUUCAGGGUGGGAUUAGAGAAGUGAGGCAGGGUCAUCAGCCUCUCUGCAGUCUCAUGUUGCACUGUCAGGGGGUGUCAAAGAGGUGCAGAGGGUACCAGGACCCUCACUUGGUUCCAGAGCAUCAUGCUUUAAUGUGGGGGUAAUCCAGCUGGGAGGGUGGGGUGUCACUAGAAGAAGAGCUACAAAAAAUGCCUUAAUUGAGCCCAUAUCUGGCCCUGCUGAUGAGUGCCCUGAGAGUUCUGUGUUUGUCCUCCUUCCCACUCCCCCCACCCUGUGACGAGCGGAAGAGAGGUUUUCGGAGCUCCUGGCUGCUUCUCUUCACGGUCUCAAAUGGCAGUUGUAUUACUUAGAAUGUAAGCUAGGACAUCUCUUGGGUAUCUUUUUCUAUGUAUUUUCUAAAGCUUUACAUAUGAGAGGGUGUAGGAAGGUAUUUGGAACACUUUAGAACUUUUUCCCUUAAUAACAGAAAGCAAAAAAUAAAAACCACAAGUGAGAUUUGCCUUCAGACCCUCAGGUUUAUCUCUCACCAGGUGGCCCUGCUCAGCAUCAGAGUACUGGAAUUCUGGAACCCAGGAGACCUUGUUCGUUUUGCAUGUUUGUUCUGGACACGGGGUGGAAACAAAGGACCUUGUUCCUACUGGAGUUCACUUCCAAUGUAUUUGCUUCCAGAAAGACCCCAGUGCCUUUCAACAGUGGCCAGGGUUUCCCCUACUUCCCUCCAGUCUUUCCCAAAGGAAACUCAUUCUAAAUACUUACCUUUUCCCCUGGAGUCCUAGAAAAAAAACAGAAUUUGUGGUUCUUACUGUGGUCCCUUGUAACCUCAGGUCUUUAAUGUGAUCACUUUCAAAAUUAAAAAAUCCAGGUGGAAAUAUUUUUACUAUGCUAGUAAUCUUACGAAGUACCUGAAUUCAAUACUGUUAUGUUUCAGAAUAAGUGAUGACAUUUUCUUUUUGUGUCUUUAAUCUGGUUUCAUUCCUGUAAUACAGCCACCCAAUUUGGGGGCAGGUGAUAAUAAGUGGUUUUUGUACAAACAUCUUUCUCACCGUGGCAUUAUUUUGAAAAAAUGAGGGGAGGGAGUUUUGAGAAAUUGGAGCAAAUGAAUAAAUGAAAUACCAUUUCUGAA